UUUGCAUGCACCGCCGGAUUACAUAAACUGUACCCGUCCUCAUCCGCUAACAGACAAAGCAACUGUUAACUUUCUCACUCCAAACACCCGACAACUACACUCAUAUACACACGCAUAUCUGUAUAUUCAUUCAUUCACUCACUUGGCCUUCACGAAAAAAUUCACGAAGAAAGACCAAGAAGCGAAAUGGAGCCUGAGGGGAAGAGGAAAAGGGAAAUUGAGACAAGGAGAGAGAAAGAAGAAGGGAAAACAGAGGAGGGCGAGGAAAUUGUUCGGGACCCUUUGGUGGUGUUUGGUUCGGACAUCACGAUGAUGAUUUUGAGCCAUCUUGACGCAGCCAGUGUGGCACUUUCGCUCCUUGUCUCGCGUGGAUGGCAUGGAGUCGCCUCCAGCGAUAGGCUCUGGACCACCAAGUGUGAGGAACUAUGGCUUGGGAAAGCACAUAUUCCUCGGUUGUCGUUGGUUCGGGGACUGUCAAAGUUGGCAGCUUAUUCAUUGUCUAUUAUGGAUGGCAAGCGUAGGCGUAUCUUGAAGGAUGACCUAUGUGAUCAUGCUUGGGAAUUUCAUUUUACCCAGGAAGCCCCGGAAUAUUGGCGAAAUCUUGACCCUUAUUGGAAGGGCACGGGCCCUCCCAUGCGCCGUUACUUCCAUCCAGAUGGGAGUCUAACUGCAGAUCCUGGUGACAGGGUUUGGGGUGGCCAUGAGGCCUGUUAUUCUGUAGUUACUAGUAUUUUGGGAGAUGGAAAGAUCAGAGAACACUAUGUACGGAUCAACCGGUGGCCCCGAAUGCAUAUCUCAAGGAAGCAAGACUGGAGUUGGGAAAUGUCCAACAGCCUGUACUGCUACUCCAGCAUCCCUGACGCUGAUAAGGAAGGCGGGACAGGUCCAUUAUUUCGAGCCUUUUAGGAUCUUUUAUUAUGUCUGUUUGACCUUGUCUUCAGAAGUUUUGAUUGCUAUGUUUUUAUAUGGUUUGAUGUAAAUGGUGAAUGAUGUAUGUCGACUCAAAUUUGUGCUUGUGUGCUUUUGGCAGCAAAAAUGGUCUUUGGCAA